CCGUGUAUGAUCCGGAGCCGCAUUUAGCGUCUCGAAGAAGCGCAACCACUGCGGCGCAUCAGACGGUAUCCGUUUGCAAGUUGCGCCCGUUGGCUGGGAGCCUGCGCUCUGUCUGCGGAGUUUAAAUUGCGGGUUUUGCGGAUUUAGAGGGUGUGUGACUGAGAGGAGAGGCUCAAACCUGUCACGGCCUUUGACCUUCUGAUUGACGUGGAUCUCUACAGAGAUGAGGGCUCUGACUUUGAAGCAGGCGAACGUGGCCCACGGAGAGCAGCAGCAGCAGGCCACAUGUGGACGAAGUUUGUCUUCCAACUAUGCUCCUCCACGUCUGGAGAAUAAGUUCUUAGCUCAGACCUCCAUGGUGAUGCCCCAAAGCUUUUCUCCACUCAAGAGCUUUUCAGUACAACCCUCCUCCUGCCCCUCUCUCCAGCCCUCCAGCCUGUCUUCCACCUCAUCCUCCCUUCUCUCCACUUCUUCCCUCUCGCCUUCCCUCACCUCUCCCCUCCUCAGCACCCAGAACAAGCUCCUAACCAGUGAUUCACCUCAUCUCUCCUUUUCCUUGACCUCUUCUACCCCUGAUGACUCUCUGCUCUCCACAUCCCUGGCCAGCGGUGCUCUGCUCAAUCGCUUUGCUCAUCCGCCUUCAUUUCUUCAUUACGGUCUGGGCGGAAAACAGAAGAAGGAUUCUGGAGGCAGGGGCACAGAGGAAAGACCUCAUGUUUUGCAGUCCUGUUUGGAAGAAACAAGUGUGCAUUCUGAGGAUCAUGAUGUUUUGACUGACGAGGAGGAGGUGGAGGAGGAGGAGGGGGAGGGAGAGGGAGAGGGAGAGCAGGUUUAUGCUGGCUCUACCAUGGAAUUACCUGUCCUGGAAACAGAGUUGGUCAACCAGGAACCUGAGCAAACCAUGGCCAUCGGACAGGAGGAAUUUGCUGAGUUUGAUGCAGGAACUGAAAGGUUUGAAGAGGAGCUAAAGGACAAAAAGUAUCACCUGCUGAAUGCGGUGUGUUGCUCUCUGGUCAAUAAGAGCAAAGCUCCAGGCCAGAAGGAGUGGGACUCAGAGAGCAGCGUUUGGACCAGAAUCAUAAACCUGGCAAAGGACAUUUCUGUCCAUGACUCCCAGUUUCUUCUGAAGCUGGCAGUGUACACUCGACAGGAGUUAAACAUCCGCAUCACGGGAAACUUCUUAUUGGCUCUGGCUGCCAGUCAGCCCUCCACCAAGCCUCAUGUCCGCAGAUACUUCUGUGCUGCUGUACAGCUGCCCUCCGAUUGGCUGGAAGUUGUCAGAAUCUAUAGUACAUGCUUCAGCCACUCCCUGCCGAUGUGCCUGAAGAAGGCAGCGGCUGACAAGUUCAAGCAGUUCAGCGAGUAUCAACUGGCCAAAUACAACACGCGCAAACACCGCUGCAAACACAGCUCUAAACGUCGGAGAGGAAAGAAACCGACUGCUCAGCAGCUGAAACAGUGGGCGAACCUGCUCAGAUCAGAUGCCUCUAUCCUGGAGAAGUUUAUGGGGGGCAAAAAAGAGGUGGUGGACAAAAAGCAGAGUGAGUUCAGCAUGAAGAAACUGAUCAAGAGGCUUCACAUUAAAGAACCGGCUGAACAUGUUAUGGCCAUUCUGGGAAAAAAGUAUCCUGCUGACCUCAAGGCAUUCACCCACAGUGGAAUGAAGGGUGCGUGGGACAGGGAGAGAGCUGGGCAGCGAAUGAAGCUCAAAGAGCCAGAGACGUGGGAACGGCUGCUCAGUCUGGAAGGCAACAAGGCCGCCACCUGGGAGAAGCUCAUAGACAACAAGUCUCUUCCGUUCAUGGCCACGCUGAGGAACCUGAGGAACAUGAUCACUCGGGGCAUCAGUGAGGCUCAUCACAAGAAGAUCCUCAGCAGACUGACCAAUAAGAAAGCCGUGAUUCAGAGCCGACAGUUUCCCUUCAGGUUCCUCGCUGCUUACAAAGUCAUCAUGGAGCUUCGCAGUUUGACCUCCAUAUCAGUGAUUCCCACUGCAAAGGAAAUCCUGAUGGGCAUCCUGAAGAAGAUUCCCAAGGGCGUGCGCUUCAAGCGUUUCGAGUGGGACACGGCCAAAAGGUGCAGGAUGAGGGUGGCUCUUGGAGUGCCGUUUAUCUAUCGAAUGUACCAGAUGAAGAAGGCACAGCUCCUAAAGGCCAAUCAGCAGCAGUACUCUGUUGAUCUGUUGGAUCGUUACUGCAAAGCUCUGGAGACGGCAGUUCAGAUCUCCUGCCGUUACAACGUGCCCCCGCUCCCUGGGCGGACAGUUAUUAUCCUCCCUACUGAUAUGUAUUCUGAUAAGACCUGGAGCCAGGACUUCUGCCUCCCGAUGGAACGUGAGCAAAAAAACGAAGAGGAGGAGGAGGAGGAGGAGGAGGAGGAGGAGGAGGAGGAGGAGGAGGAGGAAGAGGAGGAAGAGAGGAGGGCAAAGAGGAAGAAAAAGGAAGUGGAUGACAACAAACUAACUCCUUCUAUGAUGGAGGUGGCCGUUUUGCUCUCUCUGAUGAUCAGCAGCAGUGCUGAGGACAGCCAGCUCUACUUGGCUGAUUGGAGUUGCUUUGAACAAGUCAAGCUUAAAUCUGACGUCCUUUUGGAAAAUGUCAGAAGUGUCAUGGAGCAAAUAAAGGCAUGUAAAAAUUCAAGAGACGGAAAUAGGGACCCAAGUUACCUCUCCAAAAUAUUGACCAUGAAGAACAAGAUAGAUAACAUCGUUGUGCUGACUGACCGCUGGAUGAAUGAUGAUGUCGACCACGCCAUCAACAACUACAGGAAGGAAGUGAACAACAAAACCCUCGUGGUGCAAAUCUUCCUUUCAGAACAAGGCUUCCAGAGUCCCACAGACAACACGCUGGACAGGAACAUUGUGCAGCUGAGAGGCUUCAGUGAGCAAAUGCUGAGGUUUGUGGCAGAACGAGGAUCUUCCAGAUUGCUGGACCAUGUGGAGCACUUGGACAGACUGUACAACAUCCCACCACCAGAAGGAGCUAAAAGCCCUGAGACCACAAACAAUGUUGUCCCAAUACCGGCCAGUCCCAAGUUAAGGUGGCAAGGUGUGCGCGUAUUUAUCUCCUCCACCUUCAGAGACAUGCACGCAGAGCGCGACAUCUUGGUGCGGAGCGUCUUCCCCGAGCUGCGCCGUCGUGCUGCACCACACUGCCUCUACCUGCAGGAAGUGGAACUGCGUUGGGGUGUGACAGAGGAGGAGUCGGGUAGAGCCACCGAGCUGUGCCUGUCAGAGGUGUGUCGCAGCCAGAUGAUGGUUGGAAUCCUGGGGGAGAGGUACGGCCUGGUGCCCCCCAAACCUGUCCUCCCUGACCUGCCGCAGUACAGCUGGCUUGCGUCGGCUCCAGCAGGUCUGUCCAUCACAGAGAUGGAGAUCCGUCAGUUUCAGGCUCUUUUCCCUGAAACAGCACACCAGCGAAUGUUCUGCUACUUCAGAGAUCCAAAUAUCACCAAGUCGGUUCCAGUGGCUUGGAGAGCUGACUUUGCUCCUGAAUCAAAGGAGGCGGAGUCUAAAAUGGCCGCUUUGAAAAGCAGGAUCCAGGCCAGUGAUGUGAAGGUCACCGAAGAUUACCCAUGUGCGUGGGGAGGUGUUGUGGAAGGGAAACCAUAUCUGAAAAACUUGGAGGCCUUUGGCAGGGCUGUGCUGGAAGACCUUUGGAUGGCAGUUGUGAAGCAGUUUGUGGACGAGAAUGACAAUGCCGAGGCUGCAUCAGAAGUGACUGAGCAGGAGAUGCACCAGGGGGCGGUGCAGAGGCAGUUCUUUGGCAGGGCGAAGCUCCUGUCUGGAGCUGUGGACAUGGUGGAGCAGGUUCAGACCAAAGGAGGGAUGAUGGUGGUGGAGGGAGGACCCGGAGAGGGCAAGACUGUUUUCAUGGCUGCCCUAGCAGACGCCCUCAGGACUGGAGUCAAAUCCAGGAGAAACCUGGUCUGCGAUGUCAUCUCCUACUCUACAGCUGCCAGCCAAUCAGCAUGCUCUGUGGAGAACCUUCUUCGCUGCUUCGUGAAGUGGUUCAGGAAAAUGAAAGAUACUGAAAAGGAAUCACCUCUUCCCCAUUCGUACAAAGAUUUGCUCUCAGAGUUUCACUCUACAUUGAUGGACACGGAGCGGAACAAACCUCUGAUACUGGUAGUUGAUGGGGUGGAUGUUGUUCAAGAUGGUGGAGAUCAGCUGAGCUCUGAGUGGAUACCACAGCAGCUUCCACAGGGCGUGUGUUUGGUUGUAAGCAUCACAUCUAAAGCGGCACUGUUACAAACCCUGGCCAAGAAAAAGAGCACUGUCCUGUUUACCCUGGGACAGCUUACCGUGCCGGACCGGAAGGAGAUAGUUCAGAAGGGACUGGACACCUUUGGGAAGAAGCUCAGCGACUCUGCAUUCAACAACCAGCUCCAGACGCUGAUAAUGAAGAAAGGAGCAGUGAGUCCUCUCUACCUUCACCUGGCCUGUGAAGACCUGAGGAACUUUGCCUCCUUUGAUAAGUUGAAGGAGAGCCUGCAGGUUUUACCUCAGUCUCUGAGCCAGUUGGUGCAACACAGUCUGGACAGACUCUGCUCACAGUACAGAGACAUACAGGGACUCCGCCGGACCCUUGCGGCACUCACUGUCAGCCCUGCUGGCCUGAGGGAGAGGGACCUGUACUCUGUACUGAACACAUGCAAUGACCUGUCCUCACGGGACCAGCAGAUGUCGUGGCAGGAAGUGCUGAACCUGCCCAGAAAGCCCAAAGGACGCAUUCCCAUGGCAACUUUCACUCGUAUAGUGCAGAGCUUGCAGAGUCUCAUUGGUCCUUCUCAUUGCCACAACACUGACGACUUGCUGGCUCUAACAAACCCGGAGGUGAGGCGGGCUUUUGAGGACUUUCUCCUGCAGGAAGAAAGUGACAGGACCAGAGCUCACCGCGUUUUGGCAGCUCAUCUGUGGGCACUGGCUGACCCAGAGGGAACUGAAACUUUCCUCCAUUGUGAGGCAAACUCUGUUAUGCAUCUGCCUUUCAACCUGAUUCAAAGUGGCCAACUGGAGGCGCUCCAUUCCCUGCUCUCUAACUACUAUUUCCUGUAUGCUAAUGUGCGGCACGGCCUGUUGCACCACCUCCUGGAGACCUACAGCCUAUACGAUAAGAAGCACAAGUCUGCCUCCUCUUUUGGCUUCCAGGAUCAUCUAGAGGACUGCUGGAGUUUCCUGAGGCGUCACGCCCCUCUGCUCUCAUCCUGGGCACCUCUUUUUGUUCAGCAAGCCUUCAACGAGCCUCCAGAAUCCACAGCUCACACCUGGGCACAAGGCCUGGUGGGAACAGGAGGAGUCCGGGUAGUUGAGUGGCUAAACAAAAAAGAUCAGAUUGUUAAAGAGACCAGCGAGCUGGUGUCGACCUUUUCCUCUGAACCCACCUGUCUGGUUGUGAGUUUGGAUGGAGAGCUGAUGGUGGUUGGUACUGGAGAAGGAACGCUGCAUUGCAUCAACACACAGACAGGACAGAAAGUGAAGUCGCUGGUGAGCAGCUGUGAUGGCAUCUCGAGCUGCGUCUUUCUGAAGGAGGGACGUCUAGCUACAACCUCCUUCGAUGGACGAAUAGAGAUCUGGGACAUCAGGAACGGCUGCAGGACUGCUCUUAUUGAUGGCCACACGAAUACGAUAACAGCAAGUGAUGUCACUGCAGACCAGAAGCACCUUGCAACCGUGUCUCUCGACUUCAUGUUGAAAGUGUGGUCAUCUACUAAAGGUCAUGAGGUAGCAGCCCUGCCCAGCACCAGCCCUAUGAACUGUGUGACCUUUGACCCUGAAGGUGACCUGCUGGCUGCUGGUUGCUGGAAUGGGAACGUGGUCCUGUGGAACUGGCUCCAGAAUAAAACUCUAACACCCCUGUCUGGUCACCAGCGCUCAGUGCGCAGUCUCUCUUUCUCCUCCUCGUCCACCAUGCUCUGCUCUGGCUCUGUGUCUGGAGAGGUCAGGGUGUGGUCGGUGCCCACCUCCACCUGUGUUGGAUGUUUCCAGGCUCACUGUGGAGCCACAGAGGUCCUCACUUUCCUGGACGAGGGAGCCAUGCUGCUCAGUGCCGGCUCAGAUCACAUGCUCCAGCUCUGGUCAGGAGGACUUGGAUGUUCAGUCACUGCAUUAAAAAGUGAUGAUUGUGAACAGGAGCCUCCUCAGAAGAAAAUGAAGUUUGUGGACUCAGUUCCUGCUGCACUGUGUGUGGCUGUAAACAGAGACUGUGCUGCUGUGGGAUACCAUGGUGAAGGCAUCAAACACUUCAGUCUUGACUCAGGUGAGAUGAUCUGGGCAUCCAGGGAUCACGACGUGGCCAUACUGUGCCUGUUGUGGGUCGUUUUGGACGCAGAGCAGACGGAGCCUGAGCUGCUGGUGUCUGGAGGAAGUGACAAACGUCUGAGGGUCUGGAAGAGAGAAGAAGGGGAGGAGGGAAUGAGGGGGGCGCUGACAAAGUUGGGAGUGUUUGGUGUGCAACAAGGUGCCAUCCUGGCACUGGCACAAAACUCAACUUACCUGGCUACAGCUUCAGAUGACUUCACUGUUGUUUUGUGGUUGCUGAGUGAUCUGGCCCCUGACCCCUCAGCUGAGCCUCAUGCAGUGCUGAGGGGCCACAAUGGAGGAGUCACCUGUCUGGCUUUCAGCCCCGAUGGUGGACAGCUACUUUCUGGUGGAAAAGAUCAGGCCCUGAUGGUGUGGGAUAUGAAUUCGUCUCCUCCUGGUCUUUCUAAGUCGCUCCCUCACUCUCACAGAGACUGGAUCACCGGCUGUGUUUGGACUCCAGACUGUGUGAUUAGUUCCUCAAACGAUGGGAGGCUUUGUUUAUGGGAUCUGCAGGCAGGUCAGCGUCUCAGAGAAAUCUCCUGGAGGAGUCCUCUUACCUCUGUCUGCUGUCAGGGACAGUAUGUGAUGGCUGGCUGUGCAGACGGAGCACUACAUGUGUGGAACUGGGAAACCAACAUAGAAAUCUGCCACAUUACUGCCCACAAGCAGCGUGUAAACCACUGCUCUCUCCGCAAGAAUACAGAUAAGAAUGUAGAAGAAAACCCAGAAGAAAUGACUGUUAUCACUGCAUCUGAUGACGGCACAGUGCAUCUCUGGAAACCACUGCAGAUGGAGCACUUCAGCUCCUUCCAGGGUCACAGUGGUGCGAUUUAUGGAGUUGUUCUCAAGGAAGGAGUCCCAGAAUUCCUCACUGUCUCUGAAGACUGCUCACUGCGAUGCUGGAUGUGGACAACAAAGAGUCCUCCCAGCCUCUCAGGCCCUGUCACAGCUCUGUGCUUCUCUCCCAAAGACGAUUUGUGUUUUGCUGGUUAUGCAUCCGGUUUGCUGGAGCUGUGGCAGCUCAACACUGUGCUUUGCCACAAGCAGGCUUCAGAUAGCACCAUCACAGCGAUCUGCUCCAUGCCUCACAGCCAGUUUGCUGUCAGCUACAUGGAGUCUUUUGUUGAUGUGUGGCAGCUGGUGUGGAAUCAACACAGCACCGCAAGCCUGGUGAAGGUAACCACUUAUACAGUGGAAAACCCAGUGAUCCACCUCUCCUACCGCUCUCUCCUGAUUGGUGUGUCCAGCAACGGGAUAAUAUAUAACAUCACAAACAAUGAUGGAGACUGUAUCAUGUGUGCAAGCUUUAAGAGCCAAGUACGAUACAUUGGCUUGAUCCCUAAUGACGAGAAAAGCUUGUGGCUGGUGGGCGAAGGGAAUGGAGAAGUUCACAUUGGCUUCAUUUUUACCAUGGGCCCCAAAAAUUGUUAUGAUUCGGCUUACAGCUCGGUGAGCCUGAAGUGUGAUGAGGAGGACGAGAAGAACAAGAAAAUCCCAAUAACAGCUGUAACUGUGGACAAAGAGUUUGUGGUGUGUGGAGACAUGAGGGGUCACAUGUGGUUCAACCAGCCUCCAGAGCUUUCAUCAUGGAGCAGCAGAAAACCUGCUCACAGUGACAGGAUCAGUGUGCUAAGACUCACAGACACCACCAUCAUCUCAGCUUCACGUGACAGGACGGUUAAGCUGUGGGACAGAAUCACCAAGAAACAGGUGGGUAUGUUUGUGUGUGGAGGUCCGGUCCUAGUUUUGGAAGUGAAUCCAGAAAAACCCACUGAGCUGGUUUGUGGCGACGGACAGGGAAAGCUGUACUUUCUCUCCUGGAAGGAAUAAUCCUCCAGAUGUCACACACAAAAUUUAGGAUUUAGGGGGAAAAAAAGUGUUCUAACACUAACUAAAGACUAUAACAAUGUUUUGCUUCUUUUUUGCUUCGGUGAUGGUAAAUGUGCAAUAAUAUGAAUAAGAAAAUAAGCUGAAAAAUGAGCAUCACAUGCAGGGGUAAGCAUGUAUGUUGUAUUUCCAAAGCUCUAAUUGUGUCAUGUUUACAUGUGCCUUUAAUUACAAACUUUAAAAAUAUAAUUUUUGGUGGGCUUCAUUUAUUUAUUUUUUUUGGUUUUAAAAUUGUAAUUGAGAGAAAACAUGGGUUUACCUAAAGAACAUUGCAUUAAAUGCUUUCUUUGUCUUC